AUGGAGACGGUGCUGGAGAACCUGAGCCGGUUCGCUGAGGUGCUGGCGGUGGCGCACAGCCCGUGGGCCGCCGACUGGGACGAUGCGGAGGUAAGCCGGGCUUUCCAGUGGGCCCGCUACCUGGAGCAGCUGAGCCGGCGCUUGGAAGGGGCGGGCUGCGCGGGGGCCCGGGCCGCCGUACGGCAGAGGCUGCAGGAGCAGCGGCGCCUGAGGCCGAGGGCACCCCCCGAGCUGCCGCGGUACCGGGCCCUGCUCUUCGAGGAGCUGGGCCGCGGCGGCGAGCUGCUGUGCGGGGCGCUGCUGCGCAACCCGGCCGCCUCCGCGCCCGCUUUCCACCGGGCCGCCGCCUGGUACCGAUCGGCGGGCUCAGACGGAGGCUCGGCGGCCCUCUCCGCGUCGCUCGGGCGGGCCGUCCGGGUGAAGGCGGCCACUCGCUUGUUGCGGCGCGCCUGGGGUUCGGAGCCCGCGGGGGCCGUCGUGUCGGCGACGGGCGGCCAGAUAUUGCGCGAGCGGCUGGAGGAGCGCCUGAGGGCGGCGGGGGGUGAAUUACCGGAGCGGCAGGCGGCGGCCUGUGAGGAACUUCUGAGACGGGCCUUCCCCGGCGGCGGUGAGGAGGAGGGCGGCGGCGGCGAGGCUUUCCAGCCGCUUGCCGCCUUGCUGCUGGCUGACGAGGUCGAGGGCGGCGAGGCCCGGGCCCGGGCCCUGGACUGGUUGCUAGGAGACGGCCGCGUGCUCGCCGCCCUGGGCCGCGCGCUCCCGUGCAGCCAGCUCGCCGCCCUGAGCGCCCGCAGCCCGCCCUUCGCCCGGCGCUACCUGCGCCUGCUGCAGCGCUGGGGCCGGGCCCUGCGCUACGACGCGGCCCGGACCGAGUGGGCGCCGCCUUCUGCCGAGGGGCCGGGCUGGCGCCGGCUGCUGGAGCAUUUCGCCGCCCUGUGGCGGGGCCCGCCGCCCGCCCGGGAGGCCGCUGAGAGCGCGCUGCGCGGCCUGAAGGCCGAGGACGGCGACUUUGAGGUGCUGGGUGUCAGCGUCUGGACCGACCUGCUGCUGGCGUUGACCAGGUGAGGGGCAGCGUCUGGAAUCUCCUGCUGGAUGGGAAUCUGAAAUUUAACAUUGGAAACGCACAGCCCGUCUGGCAGCACCCAUCAGGGACACACAAUAUGUAGUAACAAGGCCACUCGGCCCCUUUGGAGCCUUCUGCCGUUCAGUAAUAUCACGGCUAAUCUAAUUUUAAGUUCAACUCUACAUUACUCCAUAUUCCCGAUCGUCAUCCAAGCCCUUGUGCAACAAGAAGUCAAUGGCCAAGGAGAUGCGAAACAGCAUCAUUUAAAAGUGAACCCAUCUUCUCCACUUGGCAUUUGCUCUUUUUUGAAUUAUACAUGGACGUCAGUUUGGCGGGUGAUGCCACAUCUUUAACAAAAGCACAAGAGCUACUCCGUACAUCUGGUGUUUGCACAGAGAGAAACAAAGAUGCGUUCUCCCGUCCAGUGUGACAGCUCUGGCCCCUCUCUCUACUUGAAAUGAUUGCUAUUCUAGGUCAAAAUGUGGAGGUGGACCAAGUUUUAAAAAGUGUACAACACCAAGUUAUAAUGCAACAGGUUUAUUUGGAAGCACUAGCUUUCGAAGCGCAGCUCUGCAUGUGGUUUGAAUUUGAACACGAUUGGGAUGUUAAGGCUCGGCGACUUACCGUGCCUCGCCUCUUUUGGAAAUGUAUGAAGUAAAGUGACUCGUGCUUUUUUCCAUGUACACUGACCAAGUUAGUUUACUCUAUCACAUACAACAACGAGAGUCUUAUGCAUGUUCUAAAGUCAGACUUUGAAUGCUGGUUUUGUCUUUAGCUGUUUGGUUUUACCAAGAUAGAGGUGAUAUUUCCAUUCAAAACAUUGUCUCCAUAAAUUGCAGUUAAACCUUGUCAGUGUUCCAGGUACAAUGUACCCAAAGCUAUUGUGGACUAAAGCACAGUCUCUCGCUUAUAACAUAAAUGAUGAGCUCCAGUUUUGCAAUCUUGAAAAUACCUACCUGAAAAGGGGGCCUCAUCAGGUUAAGUAAAAUGAUAACUAAAGUUUCAUUCAUCAAAUAAAGUACGAGCUAGACUUGAGAUUAAAAUGGAAAGCUUAUGAUAUUUGGCUUGCUGUGAUACCUCUGAAAGAGCCAACAAAAUGGCUGGAAGGUUUUAGUUCAUAUUUUGUAAAAAAUAUUACUGCCAUAUAAAAUGUUCCCUUGUGAAAUCGGCAUCUUCUUUUGAUGUAUCCUAAGUCACAGGUGAGAUCACCAAAGACCCAGAGGACAUAAGGAUGUUUUCAGAGAUAGGAAUGGUGGUGAAUCUAAUUAGUGUAUUCAUUAUAUGCAUACUGAAUUCUUCUGCAAAUUAAUUGUUUUAAAACGGAUUACUUUUCAAGAUGUUUCACUGGCUGACUCAGCAUUUAUCAUUGCUCCUGUAGUCCAUGACAAUAUAGUCUCUUUUUUGGCAGCCUGUGGCAAAUGAAAUAUCACUUCCAGGUCUCUCAGCAUGUCUUUGGAAUGUUCUAUACCAUUUGCAGUGAAUUUGUUGUAUUUAAUGGUAUUUUAAUUUAAAUUGUCAAUAGUGAGAACUGCUGAUGCUGAAGAGUCAGUGGAUAACCAGUGGAACUGGGAAAAGCACAGCAGGUCUAGCUGUUUUAGAGAAGGGGACUGAAUGUUUCAGGUUGGAAACCUUCAGGACUGGGGGAGGGCAAGAGGCCUGUGAAAUAAAUACAAGGGGGGGAUGGGUAGAAGGCGUUUGAUUGCCAUAAGUGGGUGCAGGUAGGAGGUGGCUGCGAUAGGGCAGUAGGAAGGGUGGAGUGGAUAGGUGGGGAGGAAGCUUGACAAUUAGGGUCAGAUUAAGGGGGAUGGUUGUACAGGGAGGCAAUGGGCUUGAUGAGUUGGGGUGGGGAGAUUUUGGAUGCUAGUACAUUCUGUAUUAAGGCUGUACAGUUGUAAGCUGAGGUGUUCUUCCUCCAGUUUGUGUGUGACCUUGUGUUGAAGGUAGAGGAUGCCCCAGGAUGGACACGUAGGGAGAAUGAGAUGAAAUAGAUGAUAACCAGAAAGUGGGGUUGAUUGCAGCAUAUGGACCAUAACCUUUCCCUGUAUAAUUGCCACUGCCAGGAUGCUAAUCCAACCAACUCCCCAAGAUCAAUUUUACAUUUUGUCUGAUUCCACGUGUUUUUAUAGCAAGAAUCGAAUUGGGAACGUCGGCUCCUCCUCCUGUAUUUCUAGUCUAAGCUUAUUUGUUAGCCAUUCCUAAUGUGUAUUCUCCAUAAUACAAACACUGGAGAGGUUCUUACAUAUAUUUAUUUUGUUAUAAACUUUUUUAAAAGCUAUAGUGCUUUAAGAUUUUUCUCUGUAACAUUGUGAAACCUCAUCCUCAAGUUUAUGAUGUAUUGAAAGGGACCAAACUAACCAGGCAGCAUCCGAUGAAUCAACACUGCAUGGUUUGCAGCUGGUCAUUGACAAUUUUAUUGACAAUGGGGAGGAACAAUUGCUGGCAAGACCAACAAUACCUAGUGUCUGAAUUAAUAUUUGUAAAAUGCAGAUUUUAGCUUUGCCAUUUAGAUUCCAAAGGUGCUUUUAUCUCUUGGUUUGCAUUUUUAAUUUCCUGAUUCAAACCAGAAUUUGUUUUAUGCUAUUCUUUUUUAAAAGCCCUGGAUGUAGGUUUGCUCGCUGGCCUUCCAGCUCAGUGAGCAAGCCUACAUCCAAAACCUUAACUUGAGCAUCAAAUCUUCUGAAAACUCACUUUUGGAAGUCCUACUCAAACAGUAUAAUUCAUGACAAAACGUUAUUCAGACUGUUGCAGCCUUUUUUUGUGUAGCAUUUUACAACUCAACAACCUUCUGAUCCAACUGGUCUAUAGUCGAUGCUGUGUUAAAUUGUUUUCCAUCCAUUUAAAUCUAUAAACAUUCUCUAGUGUUUGCCUAUCUUGACUCCCUUGGAUCCGUCCUAUGUAUACCCAUUAAUACUCAACAUUGUAGCAUACUCCAAUUUCUAGCUAAUAUCUGGAUUCCUUAUUAGAUUUCAUGAUGAAUCUUCUAGUUAUGAUGUCUUGUUUUGGGUUCAGACACUAGGGAAAAUAUUUUACGUAAGUGCAUUGUCAAAAUGUUUUAUGAUUUCAGAUGUACAAGAUCAUUUUUUUUGUACAGAAAAGUUCUCCAGCUUGUUCAAUCUUUCCAAAUGGCUAUAAUUCUUGUCAUCCUUUUUGGCAGAUUUUUUUCAGUGCCUGUUUCAGCUAAAGUUUUCACUUAAGACUUUGACAGGAAUGUUUUCACUUGGAGUAAACUAUAAACUCAGCUGUCAUUGCUAGUUUUUGAUUAGGUGUCAGUUUCGGCUCAGUAAUACUAGUCAUGACACAGAAUCGGAUGUUUGUGUACUCAAUUCUGACUCCAGAACAAUACCACAAAUUUUGUUUUAUCUCUGAUAUUUGUUUAACUCAAGAUUUCUAAAGUUGAUCCAGAUGUGACCGCAGAAAUAACCUAUACUAACAAAAUAUUAAUUUAUUUUUCUCGUGCAAUAUUGGAUUUGUUUAGUAACUUAUACAAUUAUCUAUUUAU